GUGUAUGUGUGCCUAACAGAGAGAGAGAACACAGCCACAGCCACAGCCACAGCCACAGCCACAGCAUGCAUGUCGAUGCAUCUUUUUGUUCUUUUUCCUUCUCUUUUCCCCAUCGCCAUGGGCCAUGGCCUUUCUUGGAAGGCUGGCUGGCUUGGACCGUGAGGCCUCCUGGUGGCCUUAAUGAAUUAAUGAGAUUCCACCAACCUUCUCCUCACUGCCCACCCAUUCCCCAUUACAUCCACUGGUUAAAGAGGAACAGUUGCCACAAAAGCAGGAGUACAUGGAAGAGGGAAAACGAAAAUAAAGGCAGAGAGUGUCCCCACUGCUAUUACAGGUUGCAGCAAAUUAAUUUAAGGCCAUCAAAAACAUCGAUCGACCACACGCAUACACACAGGGUCCUCAAACUUCUUUACUUCAUGCCAUGUAUUUCCUUACUUCUUUCCUCAUGCCAUAUCAAAUCCACAAGUAUUUAGGGUCAUGCCCAUUCAAAUCAAUGCAUCCUCACCUUAUUAGAAUAAAUCCAUGGUGCUGGUUGCUUCAACCAUGAAGUGAUAACCGACACACACUAUGGGGAUGUUUAAUGCCUCCUCGCAGACUUCUUUUCCGCGGAUUUCAAACGCGGAUAAAGUUUCCUCGGAGCCGGACCGGAUUCGAGGAAAUUUUGUGUGGGAAAAAGUCGUCGUGCUUCAGCUUCCCUCCGUGGCGAAGGCGACCGUUUGCAGGACACCGUCACAAACUUAUCCUUUUCCAUCGUCGCAAGAGAGGGGUGAAGAUUUCCCGCCGGCCGCCGUCGCCUUGUCUCCGGCAUCCACUGUCCCCUCAGCCUCACUUUUUCCGGCGUCACCACAGGAGAAGUGGGGACGAAGGAAACAUGGCUUCGUCAUCAUUCAGAAUUGGCGUCCGCGUGUUAUUGUUACUCCUGCUGCUGCUCCUCCUCUUUUACGUGGGCCGACCCCUCUACUGGAAGCUUUCCGCUACUUUCCACGAGAUCCGCCAGAAAUCCGUCAAGGAUGGGUUGUCGCACAUUGUGACGGAAGCUCAAAAGUCGAUCGGUUGGUACCACGACGAGUCUGAUGUGGGAGGAGUCGCCAAGUCUGGUAGGGCUAACGCCGCAACCACCAGUCGCAGAAGGCGCCUCCUCUACGCGCCCUCCUUCUAAUGGAGAAACUCUUUGGCUGGUAUUUCUUUAGAUUUGGCGGAAUGCGUCCAUUGCGGCUCGUCUUCUCUUGUUUCUUCUUCAUUGCCAUGCGCUUUUGUUCAGAAAAAAUGAGUUUCGGUAUUUCUCUCCUCUUUACACCGACCUGAAUCAGGAACACCGAAACAGGAGCAACGUCAACUACAUGAAAUUGCCUGAAGCUAUUUGGUGAAACUCCUCAUUGUACUAUCCUCUGCUAUUUGUCUUCUUUCUCUACCUUUUUCUUCCACUAUAAUACUCAGAUUGUUUGCUAUUUUCACAAACUAUUGUUUAACAUCUCGCAUUGCUGUACUGAAAUGCUGCUGCUACAUUUCAUUGAUGCACUCUUGUUUUGCUUUU